CACGCAUCAUCACAUUUACAGAAUAGAUAAAAUGAGUGAUUCAGAAAAACCAGAGAUAUGCUGUUGCUGUUUUAUAAUCUUGUUUUGCCUAGGAUAUUAUUUUUUAUCUAAUGGCAGCGAGAAAAACUAUACAAGACGUGAAUACAAGUAUGAUACCCCAUGUAUCAGACGCGAUUGUGAGUUAUCCGACUGGAGUCAAUGGUCAACGUGUCUCAAUCCAUGCGAAGGUAACACGUAUAGAUCGCGCUACGUUAUCAGGGAGGCGAAAUGUGGUGGGACAUGCCGGGAACUUACACAACACAAAUCGUGUGAUCAUUUUUGCAAUUACGAAACAAUGUACAAUUCAAAAUGCAGUUGUCCACCAGGAUUCAGUGGCAGAUGUUGUACAUGUAACAUACAAAACUGUAUUACAGAAUGGAGUGAUUGGUCAACCUGUUCAAAAACAUGUGGAUCUGGUGGAACCAAAACAAGAUCACGUAAAAUUAAAGAACGCCCACAAUGUGGUGGUCCCUAUCAGUGUCCACCUUCUCAUCUUCAGCUCUCUGAAGAAAUCCCAUGCAAUCGGUUUUGCAUAAAUGGUGAGAUUCUCAAUUCACAGGGUAGACGUUCUUGUAAGUGUCAAAGUGGGUUUACUGGUGAGUGCUGCGAAUGUAAGGUACAGGACUGUACAAUGACAAAAUGGAGCGACUGGUCAAAUUGCUCAAAAUCAUGUGGCCCCUUUGGAACCAAAACACGGUCACGUAAUAUUAAAAAAGGACCACAGUGUGGUGGUUCCCACUGUCCAUCUUCAAGUGAAGAAAUCCCAUGCAAUCGGUUUUGUCAAAAUGGUGGAAGCCUUAAUUCUGAGGAUAAACCUACUUCUUGUAAUUGCCAAAGUGGGUUUACUGGUGAGUGCUGCGAAUGUAAGGUACAGAACUGUACAAUGACAGAAUGGAGUGAUUGGUCAGUUUGUAGGCCCGUAAGUGGUGCCCGCGGAAAACAGUCGAGAACACGUACAAUUGAUACACCACGUCAAUGCAACGGGACUGCGUGCUCUACUCAACGACGAGAGGAACGCAAGUGCCAACUUUGCAAAAAUAAUGGAACUUUGCAACCGUCACAGAAUUGGUGUAGAUGUCCGUAUGGGUUCAGUGGUCAGUUAUGUGAAUGUAAAGACAUAGACUGCGUACUUAGCCAAUGGAGCAGCUGGUCUCCCUGUGAAAACGCAGUGCAGACCAGGUCACGACAUGUCAUAACAAAUACUAGUUGUGCUGGGAAGAAUUGUGGAAAGCUGAAUGAUGAACGCACUUGUGAAAGCAACACGGAUAAUGACAACCAAUCCAGCCACUUUAAGUAUUUUGUCAUAGUUAUUGUGAUCAUAGUGUGCUUAGUUGUUUAUAGAAGAUACAUUUGUAAUGAAGAAGUAAUUGAAGGCAAUAUAAUGAAAAUAAAAACUUGUUAAUAUGAAUUCGUAAAAUGUUAAUUUCUAGUAGUAAUAUGGCGUAUGCGGGUAAUUUUGCUGUAAAUCAUAAAUUUUAGUACUGUGGAAUCUUUCAUUAAUUGUAACAUGUGAACAAGAUUUACACAAAAAAAAGAAAAGAUACAUCUGUAAUAAAGAAAUAAUCGAAGGCAAUAGAAUGAAAACAAAAACUUAUUAAUAUGAAUUUGUAAUGUUAAUUUCUAGUAGUAAUAUGGCGUAUGCGGGUAAUUUUGCUGUAAAUCAUAAAUUUUAGUACUGUGGAAUCUUUCAUUAACUGUAACGUGUGAACAAGAUUUACAAAAAAAAAA